AAUUGUUAAAUUUUUGUAUAUAUGGUUAAAUUAAUCUAUAUCUUUCAUAUACUAAAAAAGGUACGAGCAGGAUAUGUGGACAUACAUAGCGAGGUUUUUGGAUGGAAGAUCGUUGGUGAUGCUGGCAGUGGCGAGUAAAUGGCUCAACAACGUCAUCAUGCAAGACUGUAUAUGGAAGUUCGCAUGCCUGCGUGAUCUUCAGGUUCCUGAUCCUGGCCACGUGGCAUUCAGUUGGGCCAAGCUCUACGCUUCAGCUGUUGAUGGGAGUCACUCUUACAUGUUCCGCCAGCAGGAGAAACAUAUUGACUGGAUGCGCAUUGGGGCAUUUUCUUUCGAAUCAGAAGUAGCAUUUCUGAGCGAAAGGCUGAGUGCACCUGUGAAAAUCCCAAAACAAAAAAUCAUAGAUGAUAUGUUGCAGUCGUGCGGGACAUGCCUGUUAAGGAAAGUCAAGACAGGAAUCUGGAUAGCUGAUCUACAGCUUGUUCGCUGCCCCGUGUGUGACCAAGAAAAAUGUGAAGGGACAAUGCAGAUGUUGGAUGCCAGGCACAUUGAGCUGUUCCUUAGUCAGGGGUACCAGGAUGGAAGUUGGGACUAUGAGCUUGUUGGAUCUCAUGAAGUCAAAAAAGGAGUACCAGGAGCUUAUGGGUCCAUUUUUGACUUCAAAUACCUCACAAGCAAGACAGCAGCGGGGGUCUUCAAUUACAAGUCAUGGAUAGGACGAGCGAAUGACUUUCAACCAAAAGCUAUAAUUACUCUUCAUGCAGUUGCGGUCAACACCAAUUUACAAGAAAAUCAAGCACAACAUUGUUCCCUGACAGACUGCGGCAAUAAUGAAAUUCUUAUCCGAUUCCCUUUCCGACUAGAAAGCAAGCAGCCUGAAUACUGUGGAUAUCCUGGUUUCAACCUUGGAUGCAAGAGUCAGAGUACGAUUGUCCUAAAACUUCCUUAUUCUGGAGAAUUUUUUGUUCGCGACAUCAAUUAUCUCAACCAACAGAUAUAUCUUUAUGACCCUGAUAAUUGCCUUCCCAAGCGACUUCUCAGCUUCAAUCUUUCAGGUUCUCCCUUCGUUGCUCCUUUUCAUCAGAACUACACCUUCCUCAGCUGCCCAACUCAAGUCACAAAGUCUCGCUUCACCACCAUUGAUUGCCUAAGCAAUUCAACGAACUCCGUCUUGGCCACUUCUUCCGUGAGUCUGGCGAAUUCGAUGGCUGAAUCAUGCCAGAUAAUCACUACAUUGCGAAUUCCUGUUUCAUGGCCAGCUCAGUCUGAUGAAGCAUUGUCAUCCGAGCUUGAUGAAGACAUUGAGCUAACAUGGUCUGCACCUCAAUGCGGAGAUUGUGAGUCAGAAGGCGGCAUCUGCGGCUUCAAGAGCAUCGGUAGUGAAGAAGUUGACUGUUUCCAUCUCCCUAAAUCAGGCAGAUCGGGAAAUGGUCUUCAAGUUUUCAGGAUUAUCUGCUUGUCAAUUGCUGUACCAGCACUCUCAUGCGCAAUAGGAAUCGCCGUCUUUGCGUGCUGCCUCGACAGUCGCCGUCGCAACAGGGGCAAUUCCACACAGCAGAACACCGGACAUUCUGCGGUGACAUCACAACCCACGCUCGCCGUGACAGGGCUGGACGAGUCCACAAUCGAAUCCUAUCAAAAGUUGGUGCUAGGUGAGAGCCGGAGACUCCCUGGCCCAAAUGACAGCACUUGCCCCAUUUGCUUGUCUGAAUACCUUAGCAAAGAUACAAUCAGGUGCAUACCAGAAUGCAAUCACUGCUUCCAUGCAGAGUGCAUAGAUGAGUGGCUCCGAAUGAACAGUACAUGCCCGGUGUGCCGAUUCUCUCCGUUCCCAGUACAUGCUAGCACACAUUCUCGCAUUGUUUGAUAUAUUACAAUUUUUUUUUCACUUCUUGUAUGGGAUUACACUAGGCAUCCCUCUUAUUCUUUAUACCUUCAUAAGAGUCAA